AUGCCGCAGCAAGCAAUGGAUAUCAAGGGCAAGGCCAAGUCUGUGCCCAUGCCCGAAGAAGACGACCUGGACUCGCAUUUUGUGGGUCCCAUCUCUCCCCGACCUCACGGAGCAGACGAGAUUGCUGGCUACGUGGGCUGCGAAGACGACGAAGACGAGCUUGAAGAACUGGGAAUGCUGGGCCGAUCUGCGUCCACCCACUUCUCUUACGCGGAAGAACGCCACCUCAUCGAGGUUGAUGCCAAGUACAGAGCUCUUCAUGGCCAUCUGCCUCAUCAGCACUCUCAGAGUCCCGUGUCCAGAUCUUCGUCAUUUGUGCGGGCCGAAAUGAACCACCCCCCUCCCCCACCCUCCAGCCACACCCACCAACAGCCAGAGGACGAUGACGCAUCUUCCACUCGAUCUCGAUCGUCGUCUCGAGCUUCUGGACGCAAGUUCAACAGAAACAGAACCAAGUCUGGAUCUUCGCUGAGCAAGGGUCUCCAGCAGCUCAACAUGACCGGAUCGCUCGAAGAAGAGCCCUACGAGAGCGAUGACGAUGCCCGACUAUCUGCGGAAGACGACAUUGUCUAUGAUGCUACCCAGAAAGACACCUGCAAGCCCAUAUCUCCUACUCUCAAACGCACCCGCACCAAGGACGACAUGAAGAACAUGUCCAUCAACGACGUCAAAAUCACCACCACCACAGAAGAUCCUCUUGUGGCCCAGGAGCUGUCCAUGAUGUUCGAAAAGGUGCAGUACUGCCGAGACCUCCGAGACAAGUACCAAACCGUGUCGCUACAGAAGGACGGAGACAACCCCAAGGAUGACAAGACACACUGGAAAAUUUACCCCGAGCCUCCACCACCCUCCUGGCACGAGACCGAAAAGCGAUUCCGAGGCUCGUCCAAAAAGGAGCACCAAAAGAAAGACCCGACAAUGGAUGAAUUCAAAUUCGAGGACUGCGAAAUCCCCGGACCCAACGACAUGGUCUUCAAGCGAGAUCCUACCUGUGUCUAUCAGGUCUAUGAGGAUGAAAGCUCUCUCAACGAAAAUAAGCCGUUUGUUGCCAUCCCCUCAAUCCGAGAUUACUACAUGGAUCUGGAGGAUCUCAUUGUGGCUUCGUCUGACGGACCUGCCAAGUCUUUUGCUUUCCGACGACUGCAAUAUCUAGAAGCCAAGUGGAACCUCUACUACCUGCUCAACGAGUACACGGAGACAACCGAGUCCAAGACCAACCCCCAUCGAGACUUUUACAACGUACGAAAGGUCGACACCCACGUUCACCACUCUGCCUGCAUGAACCAGAAGCAUCUGCUGCGAUUCAUCAAAUACAAGAUGAAGAACUGCCCUGAUGAAGUUGUCAUCCACCGAGACGGUCGGGAGCUGACACUCUCCCAGGUGUUUGAGUCACUUAACUUGACUGCCUACGACCUGUCUAUCGAUACCCUUGAUAUGCAUGCUCACAAGGACUCGUUCCAUCGAUUUGACAAGUUCAACCUCAAGUACAACCCUGUCGGUGAGUCUCGACUGCGAGAAAUCUUCCUAAAGACCGACAACUACAUCCAGGGUCGAUACCUAGCUGAGAUCACAAAGGAGGUGUUCCAGGAUCUCGAGAACUCGAAGUACCAGAUGGCGGAGUACCGUAUUUCCAUCUACGGUCGGUCCAAGGACGAGUGGGACAAGCUGGCUGCCUGGGUGCUGGACAACAAACUGUUUUCGCCCAAUGUUCGGUGGUUGAUCCAGGUGCCUCGACUGUACGACAUUUACAAGAAGGCUGGUCUGGUUAACACCUUUGCCGACAUUGUGCAGAACGUCUUUGAGCCUCUUUUCGAGGUCACCAAGGAUCCCAGUACCCAUCCCAAGCUGCACGUGUUCCUGCAGCGAGUUGUGGGCUUUGACUCUGUCGAUGACGAGUCGAAGCUGGACCGACGUUUCCACCGAAAGUUCCCAACUGCAGCAUACUGGGACAGCGCACAGAACCCUCCCUACUCGUACUGGCAGUACUAUCUAUACGCCAACAUGGCCUCCAUCAACACCUGGAGACAGCGUUUGGGCUAUAAUACUUUUGAGUUGCGACCCCAUGCUGGAGAGGCUGGUGACCCAGAGCAUCUUCUGUGCACUUAUCUGGUUGCUCAGGGUAUCAACCACGGUAUUCUGUUGCGAAAGGUGCCCUUCAUUCAGUACCUUUACUACCUGGACCAGAUCCCCAUUGCCAUGUCUCCUGUGUCCAACAAUGCGCUGUUCCUCACGUUCGACAAGAACCCCUUCUACUCAUACUUCAAGCGGGGUCUCAACGUGUCCUUGUCAUCGGAUGAUCCUCUGCAGUUUGCUUACACUAAGGAGGCUCUGAUUGAGGAGUACUCUGUGGCUGCGCUCAUUUACAAGCUUUCCAACGUGGAUAUGUGUGAGCUUGCUCGAAACUCGGUACUGCAAUCUGGCUUUGAGCGAAUCAUCAAGGAGCAUUGGAUCGGCGAAAACUACGAGAUCCAUGGCCCCGAGGGCAACACCAUCCAGAAGACAAACGUGCCCAAUGUGCGUCUGGCCUUCCGAGACGAGACUUUGACCCACGAGCUUGCUCUGGUGGACAAGUACACCAAUCUUGAGGAGUUUGAGCGGCUGCAUGGUUAA